UUUUAAAAAAAAAAAUCAAGAAGAUGGCCAAUGGCAAUAAAACAUGUGUUGUUAGCAUUCUGUCUGAAAAGCUAAAACCAAUCCUGUGGAUAUUUGUUAUGGAUUUUAGUGUAAAGACUAAAGAGUGAAGUGUGAAAGAAUGGAGAAUAUGGAGUCAUCGAAAUCAUGUGGAGCUUUCAUGGAGAAAUUCAUACUGCAACCAAUUUGCACUUCUUCUUCAGAGGAACUCCCCUUGAAUGGUCUAACCUUUGCUGUGAAAGACAUAUUUGAUGUGGAAGGACACAUUACUGGUUUUGGAAAUCCAGACUGGGCCAAGACCCAUUCUGCAGCAACAUCUACUGCACCAACUGUAGUGACACUUUUGAAGGCUGGUGCUACUAGUGUUGGUAUAACCGUGAUGGAUGAAAUGGCUUAUAGUAUAAACGGUGAAAAUUUUCAUUACGGGACACCUGUUAAUCCUGUUUCACCAGAUCGGGUACCUGGAGGAUCUUCAAGUGGAUCUGCAGUUGCAGUUGGUGCAAAACUUGUAGAUUUCUCCUUAGGGACCGACACUGGAGGAAGCGUUAGAGUUCCUGCAUCAUUUUGUGGAAUUUAUGGUAUUCGUCCUUCUCAUGGAGUUGUUUCAACGGAUGGAGUGAUACCUAUGGCACAAAGUUUUGAUACAGUGGGAUGGUUUGCAAGGGAUCCUCUGAUCUUAAAGCAAGUUGGAAGAGUGUUACUUCAAUCUCCCCAAGUGAAUACCGUAAGACCAACUAACAUUAUCGUCGCAGAAGAUUGCUUUAAGCUUCUGGAUUCUAAGAGUAACCUAUUGAUUGAAACACUGGUUAACUCAGUGCAGAAGUUAUAUGGAAGUCAUAUGAUUAAAUACAUGAAUCUAGGAGAUUACAUCGAGGAAACUGUUCCAAGUUUGAAAAAGUUCAUGACCGCUAGAACUAGCAAUGAGGAAUCAGAAUCUUACAUUCCAUCGUUGCUAGCUCUUUCAAGUGCGAUGCGGUUGCUUCAAAAGUAUGAAUUCAAGGAGAAUCACGGAGAAUGGGUUAGUACGGUUAAACCUAGUUUAGGUCCGGGAAUAGCAGAACGAAUAUGGGAUGCACUGAAGACUACAGAUGAAAAUAUUGAUGUGUGUCGCUCUGUGAAAGCUGAGCUUCUAGCAGCUCUCGCUGAUCUUCUCGGGGAUUUUGGAAUUCUUGCAAUUCCAACUGUUCCUGGACUUCCACCAAAAUUAAGAAGUGAAACGACAGCAUUGGAAGGAUUUCGUGCUAAAGCUUUUAGUUUGUUAUCAAUUGCUGGAGUAUCUGGCUUUUGCCAGGUUAACAUACCCUUAGGUGUACAAGAUAAGCUUCCUCUAUCUGUUUCUUUAAUAGCAAACCAUGGUUCAGAUUUGUUCCUGCUAAAUGUUGUUGAGGCUAUUCACAAUGUUCUCAAGGAGCAAAUCUGAUUUAUGUAAUUAGAUUGACUUGUUUAAAAUCGCAUUAAAUUGGAAGUCCCAACUCUUGCUUAAUAUUAUAGAAAAAUUUCAGUCUGCA